CUCCGGGGCAGCCUCCAGCUCCAGCCGCUCCCUCUCGCCGCCCCGAGCCUGCGCAGCAGCGAACAGGAGGGCCAGAAGCACCGAAGGAGAAGAAGACGCAACGAGCGCACGGCCCGGAAUUUGGGCCUCGCGUGCCGCUCUGCCGGGGGCAGUGGCCCGAGCGUGGCCUCCUCGCCCUCUCCGGCCUCUCGGGGCCGCCUCGCGCCUCGGCGCUGCUCGACCGCCGCCUGACCCUCCUGCGGCCGCUGGCUGCACGGGCGCUCCGCUGGUGCUGGCCCACCACGCCUCGGCGCCGACGUGCGAGCCGCUUCCCGGUCCCAGGCGCCGCCAACAGCGUCCCGACGGGCCUCGUGUACCCCUCCCCCGAGGAGGCGGCGAAGACCCGCGAGGUGGACGGUAUCAAGCUGUAUUCCACCCACGCCUGGACCGACGACAUGGUGCCCAUCCUCGAGGCCGAGAGCAAGCCCGAGACGCCGCCGGUGAUGAUCGGCGUUGCCGCGGACUCCGGCUGCGGCAAGUCCACCUUCCUCAGGCGGGUGCUGGGCGCCCUGGGUACCGAGGUGAAGCCAGGGCACACGGCCAUCGGCGACAUGCUGACGGUCAUCUGCCUGGACGACUAUCACAUCAACGACCGGGCAGGCCGCAAGGCUACUUCUCUGAGCGCGCUCGACGCCCGCGAGAACGACUUUGCGCUCAUGGGGGCGCAGAUCGAAGCCCUGAAGCAGGGCAAGGCGAUUUAUAAGCCGAUCUACAACCACGACACGGGCAACAAGGACCCCCCCGAGCUGAUCCAGCCGAACAAGGUCUUCGUCGUGGAGGGCCUCCACCCGAUCUAUGACGAGAAGGCCCGCUCCAACCUCGACAUGGCACUCUACAUCGACAUCGUAAACGACGUCAAGUUCGCCUGGAAGAUCCAGCGCGACGUGGCCGAGCGCGGCUGGACCGAGGAGCAGGUCAGGGAAGACAUCGAGAAGAGGCUGCCCGACUUCGCCGAGUACGUGGACCCGCAGAAGAAGGACGCCGACGUGGUUUUGCGCUACGAGCCCUCCGACCAGGGCCUGCCUUACCUCAAGGUCAAGCUCAUUCAGAAGAAGGGCGGCGCUUUCCCCGCUAUUUCCCUGAAGAAGGAGAUGUCCCUCACUGGGAGCAAGCCGGGCGCCACCAUCAAGCAGUACGACGACGAUUGGUACGGCAGCCCAGUGAGCGUGAUCGAGAUGGACGGAGAGAUUGACAUGGACAACAUGGCAGAGCAGGUGGCUGAGAUCGAGGCCAACAUCGAAGGGUUGAACGGCCGCAGUCCCAGCGAGCUUACGGAUGCGAUGGUCAAGCUUAAGGACAGCCCAGGAUCGCAGAACGGCACUGGGCUCCUUCAGGCUAUCAUCGCCAUGAAGAUCCGCGAGGUCUACGACAAGCUCACCGCCUGAUCCCAGCAUGAGCGAGAGGUUGAGCGGGCAUUUCGACGUGGCACAUCCCGUAGGGUUUUUUUAGUUUUAGUUUUAGUUUAUUACUGAUUUUUCUGGCGCAGAGAUUGCGCCAACAUCCAUGUCCGUCGUCGCAUGUGGGCAGGUGUACAAAACCUCUGUCCUCCCUCCUCCUUCUUUCAUCCUCCUCGAAGCCUCAGGGUAGUGCGGGGUCCGUGACAUGGCGAG